UGAUGCUGUGGUGAAAGAGAAAGGGAAAGCCAUAUGUGGAUGCGAAAGUAAUCGUAUCGGAGAGGGAAAGGAAACGGAAGAGGUGCACAGAUUUGGGUUUUGUGGUUUUCAUCUGACCAACCAAUAUCUUCCAUAGCUCGACGAGGACAUCAUCAUGUCAGCUGGUUGCUAAAAUCAAUAUGUCAUGCAGUUGUUCUGCUUACAUCAUUCGGUUCCCAUUUCUGUGUCUCAUUUUUAUUCAAGAUUUCUUGUAUGAUGGUGCAGCCAUUCUUGUACAGUUGAUUGUUUGUUAUUUUUUUUUUCUAGGUUUUCUUCUCUUCCUAGCUUUUGUUUUACUUUAGUGCUUAUCUUUAUCAGUAUUUGACAUUUGACUCUCUUUUAUUAAGAUUUUGGGGAGUCAGUUUUCUUUAUAAAAAUUUGUUGUUCUUGUAAAUUUUUUGUUUGAAUAGGAUGGAACUCCAACUGGCUUUAGGGCUCUUUAAACGAUGCUGCUUCUGUUUGUUUGUUUACUUCUGAAGCAAAUCCUUUUCCUUGCAAUUAGCGAAGAGGAAAGCAAAUAGAAAGUGUGCUUAUUUGGGAAUUGGCCUUUGUCUUUCUGUUGCUUGCUGCUGUUUUCUCUUUCAUGACUGGGUUCAAAUGAUCAUGUCCUCUGAAUUCAUUCUCAUUAUUUACUAUUUCUAUUUGCUAGGUGUUUGUUGUUUGCCAUACAUUUGGAUACAUUAUUUACUAUUUUGCUAUGUGUUUGUUGUUUGUCAUACAUUAUUUGCUAUUUGCAAGCCUGGAUUGCUUGGUCUUGGUAUAAGAUUAUUCAUUUCAAGACUGAAGUGCCUGAAGUGAUUACAGACAUGAUAUAUCCCUUGUGGUAAAUAGAUUAGCUUUGUUAUAUGUCCACAUUUACUACUCAUGGAUACCCUUGUGGCAGCACCUUUUAGAGUGUCUGAAAUUGAAUCCUCACUGUAACUUUCCAGUGAUUCUAAUGGAGGAGUUGAGGAAAUAGCGAUGAUUGUCGAGUUCAGCCACAUUUGGAAAAAUUGGUUGAAUUCAACAUCUAAUUCUUUUUUUAUAACUUUGUUUUGGCAAUUUUUGUCGGUCUUCAAACAAUCAUAUUAAAUAAUAAAUAUACCAGCAUAAAUUUUUGAGUUUUCUGCUAGAGCAAUCACAUCUACAUGAUUUUUCACUUCAAGUAUGUUUAUGCUUCAGGCCUUAAUUUCUUUUUCUGAUAUUUUUUGCACAGCUUGUUGCACCUUGUAUACAUUUCAUGAGGACACAGUAUCUUGUAUUACUGAACUGUCCAUGACUAAAGAUGCUACCACUGUUCUCCAACAGAGAGAUGAUCCAUCAUCCUGCUGUUUCAAAAGAUUUUGGUCUGCUUACCGUCGUGGAAGAGAGUAUAUGUCCACUUUCUUUUUGAAUCCUUCCAAUCAAAUGGACAAAAUCCCAAAUCUUCAUAUGAGAGAGCCUGGACAUUAUAGAUCUUCUGGGGCAUCAGUUCUUGGCAAUUUGCAGUAUCAUAAUUAUUCAUCUUCCAUUGCUAUUUCAGACACAUUAGCGGCAGGCGACACUCAACCUCAGCAGAACUCCAUUGAGCUUUCAGUUUCACUAGGCUCGACUCGAGGGAAUCUUGAUACGGUCACUUCCUGUACUGGUGAGCAUGCUUAUGGCUCAUGGAAGGAUGGGAAAAAUGAGAUGUCAUUCAUGCAAACAGUUAGUGUUGCAAUAGAGGAUGAGGAGGAUCUUCUUCAUGGCAAUGAACCCCAGAUUAGUCUGCAGAGAGAGUUGGGCAUGUUAGAUAGGCAGAGCUUGUCCUUGCAGCUGUCAGAUGUUUCAACCAUGCCUUGCCAAGGAUUGUCACUGAGCCUUACCACACAAAUUCCAGUCCCUUCAAUCCAGUAUCUGCCUGGUAGCUCUGAUCUCUCUCUCUUUUGUCCUCAUCAAACAACCUCCGGAAGUGGUGUGUCAUGCAGAAAUCAAAAUUAUCAGAACAUGACUGUGCAUGCUAACAAUUGCCAGCACAGCCAUCCAAGUGUUGCUAGUCCAGUUCUAAAUUUUAAGUAUCUAAAGGCAGGACAACAAUUACUUAAUGAAGUUGUAAAUGUCCACAAGGCUCUGAAGCAACAUUCAGACAAAGCUCAAAAUCUUCAUUCUUCUCCUAUUAACAGUAUGGAUAAGGAUGGUACUGCAAAAUCAAAAGGUGAAGGAAAGUCAACAAACCCUCAAGACUCUACCAUCAACUCGUCUACUGAGCUGUCACUCUCUGAAACGCAGGAUCUUCAAGACAAAGUGACCAAACUACUGGCAAUGUUGGAUGAGAUGCAGACGACGGUGUCAUCCUUCGAUGAAGUAGUGGGUCCUGAGGCUGCAAAACCUUACACUGCACUUGCACUUCAAACAAUUUCUCGGCACUUCCGCUGCCUGAGAGAUGCCAUUGGUGGCUAAAUUCAAGUCACUAGGAAAUCCCUUGAAGAGCAAGAUAAUUCAGAUGGCAAGGGUGCUGGAAUAUCUCGCCUUUGAUAUAUAGAUCAGCAGCCGAGGCAACAGAGGGCCUUGCAGCACCUUGGUGUGAUGCAGCAGCAUGGUUAGAGGCCACAAAGUGGUUUACCUGAUUCAUCUGUCUCAAUCCUUUGUGCCUGGCUGUUCGAGCACUUCCUUGACCCUUACCCGAUCAAUUCUGAAAAACUAAUGCUUGCAAAACAGACAGGCUUGACAAGGAGUCAGGUUUCUAAUUGGUUCAUAAAUGCACUGGUUCGCCUUUGCUUCGGAAGCCUAUGAUUGAGGACAUCCAAAUAGGAUAUUGGUAAUACUGAGAUCGACUCAAACUAUUCAUCAGAGUAUUUCCCUAAAGUUCAGGCUGAUGUUCCAUCUACUGGAUGGCUUUGUGGCCUAUCAGAUGUCUGAGUUCGGUCACCAUGGGGGUAGUAGGGUGUCUCUGUCACUGGGAGUACAGCACUCUGAUGGUGAGCUUCCUGCAUCUAACAAUCAGCAGAGCUUUCUUGGGAUUCAAAGGGAAUCCAUUUACAGUGCAGCUGCUCCUACUGUCGGUGGUGCCGGCACAGCCAAGUAUAAUUAUGCAAAUGUGGGAGACCGGUCGUACCUGUUUCAUGAUGUUGCAACGUAAGAGGGUUUAUUAUCACGAUGCCGGCUGUUAAGGCAUCAGGUGCCAGGAAUAGAUAGAAGAUCAGCAUGAUGUAUAACGUAGAGAAAGAUAAAACUCACAGUUGUUGAUAACAUGAGGUAGCAUGUUGUGAAUAUAGACAGUGUAGCGUUGUGGUGAUCCACCAAAGAAUGGAACAUGCAACUUGAAUACCAAUUACAGGUUGUUCUGUUGUAUGCAUAUCGACAAAGAUUACCCCUCUUUACAAUUUCAUUUCAGCUAUUGGCAAUCUAUGAAAUGUUCGG